GGCGUGUGGACAUAAUAAUGUGACAGAGGAAGCGUCUCUGCUGAACUGUGGAUCAGAUCAUACUGACGUUAUUCAAUUAGUAUUUUGCUCUCCAAAUUUCUUCAAGGAAGCGGAAGCGCAGUUUGCAGAGUGACACCAUGGCAACAGAAGGGGAUCCCACAGACCUGGUCAAAGUGUUACACCUCUUGGUGCUCUCUUUCACCUGGGGCAUGCAGGUCUGGGUCUCCUUUAUUGCAGGUUUUGCCUUGGUGUGGCAGGUAACUCUGCACACCUUUGGUCUGGUGCAGAGUAAACUAUUCCCUGUAUACUUCUACUGUCUGCUGGGCAGCAACUUUGUCAGCCUGGCUGUGUAUGCUGUGUAUCACCCCAGAGAGCUGCUGGACUCGCAUGAAAGUGUGCAGAUGGCUCUGUACUUUGUGGCGUUGAUCAUGGCAGGUCUCAACGCCCAGUGGUUCGGCCCAGCAGCCACUGAGGUGAUGUUCCAGAUGAGGGAGGUGGAGAAGGAGCAUGGCCUGGGGGACCAGAUUGGCUUGGGCAGCCAGAAAGAGGGUUACACCAAGCUCAAAGAGCAGGACCCCAAGUACAGAGCCUACAAGAGCACGUUUGGCCGCUACCACGGGUUGUCCAACCUCUGCAACCUGAUUGGGUUCAUCUGCACUACAACUAAUUUGAUCUACACAGCUCUGAAUUUAUCCACCAUUUAGAGAAGAUUAGGUUUCAAGAUUCAAUUCAUGAAAAAUAUCUUGCAGUCCAUUUGUGAUACAGCAUUUCAUAUGUCAUAGUGAAAAUUAUGUUAGGAGUCAAGAGGGCCAGCAUACUGUACAUGGACUUGAGUUGAAAAUGCCCACGAAUAAGUGAAAGUGAUAUUAUGUAAGUUUAAUUACAAAAAAAUUUGCAUCACUUUUGUUACCACUGAUGGAGUUUCAGCUGUCUCAAGUGUCCUUAUGAGUGACCCCCACCCCCCCACCCCCCAACCCCAAAAAAUAUUGCUCUUCACUUUUAUCUGGCCGUCAAUUUUUCUAAAUACACAAGUAAAAUUUAAUCAAAAAACCUCAGGUCCCGUAUGGGCAGUUUACUUGUAUCACCAGCAGGGGGUGAUGUUUGGGCAUAUAUUCAGGUAUAUUCAGAGACGGGUUUGUUGAUCCAUUGCUGAGCACAGCACAGCAUACUGCAAUUCAUUUGUAAAAUGUCAUGUUUUAAGUUUAACUGCUGGACACAAGAUAUCUCCUACUUCAAUGAAAAGUCCAUUUGUGUAAUUUGCAUACUGGACUAUGAUCGGCUUCCAACCUAGUUGUCACAAAAUCAACUUGAGACUGAGAUUUAAGGUGAGCACAGAGAAGCUUUCCCCCUUCAGAAGAUGAGUGUAAAAACAGCCUUUUUGUGUCAAACUCUACACAUACAUGAUUCUGCACAGUGAAGCUCAAACAUCCAACUGAAGGUACAAGAAGAAAAACACAUUUUUGAGUGGAGGGGGACUUUAAAUUUGUCAACACUGUUGAAUUAACACUGUGAAUGGAAAAUUAAACAGCAUGCUUUUCAUAUUCUUA